CGCGGCUCUCUCGGCUCCGUGUUGCCCCGGAUAUGAACCACCUGCCGGGGUUACCGUGCUCCACCAUGGCGUGGAGGAGCUGCGCGGUUCUGUUCAGACUGACCGGAGAAGAUGUUUUCCGGAGCUCCGCGAGGGGAGGCAGCUUCCAGCAGCGAUGCGGCUUCAGGAAAGUCUCCAAGAAACCUGAAUCUAAGAAGGUGGAGGAGGAGCUGGCCCCCCCCAAACUCCCAGAAUCCUCGGAGGCUGUGGCCCCCCGCCGGACCCCAGUAGCCCCCCUCCUGGCGCCGCAGGCCUCCCCCGCCUCGCCACGGGCCUUCAGCCGCCUCGUCAGGCCGCUCAUCUUCACCGUGGGGUUCACAGGCUGCUCGUUCGGCGCCGCCGCCAUCUGGCAGUACGAGUCCCUCAAGUCCCGAGUCCAGACCUACUUCGACGAGCUGCGAGCUGAUUGGCUGGAGAAGCUGCGGCCGCAGAAACGCGGAGACGUCCGCAAAGAGAUCAACCAAUGGUGGAACAGCUUGAGUGAGGGUCAGAGGACGGUCACAGGGAUCAUUACAGCGAACGUCGUCGUGUUCUUGUGUUGGAGGGUGCCGUCUCUGCAGCGCUCCAUGAUCAAAUACUUCACAGCCAACCCGGCAUCCAAGACUCUGUGCUCCCCGAUGCUCCUCUCCACCUUCAGCCACUUCUCCUUCCUCCACAUGGCGGCCAACAUGUACGUCCUGUGGAGCUUCUCGUCCAGCGCCGUCUCCAUGCUCGGCCGGGAGCAGUUCAUGGCCGUCUACCUGUCUGCAGGUGUAGUUUCUUCGUUUGCCAGUUAUGUGUGUAAGACGGCCACCGGGAGGUUCGGGCCGUCUCUGGGCGCCUCCGGCGCCAUCAUGACCGUCCUCGCCGCCGUCUGCACCAAAAUGCCCGAAGCCAAACUGGCCAUCAUCUUCCUGCCCAUGUUCAGCUUCACGGCCGCCAACGCUCUGAAAGCCAUCGUAGCCAUGGAUACGGCCGGCGUGGUGUUGGGAUGGAGGUUCUUCGACCAUGCGGCUCAUUUAGGAGGAGCCCUGUUUGGAGUCUGGUACAUCCUGUUCGGUCACGAGUUGAUCUGGAAGAACCGAGAACCGUUCGUUAAGCUCUGGCACGACCUGAGAACGGGCGGCGGCCCGGGGGGCGGAGACGGCUCCGACGGAGGCACGGGCGCCGCGUAGGACGCCCACACGCCGGGGCUGAUGGGAAAACAAACGUGUAAAGAUGUAUAAACUGUACAGACGGCAGGAAGGAGUCACCAUGUCACACACAACACCCGGAUGUGAUGUCAUGACUCAUAUGUAUACAGACGCCAAGUCCCGCCCCUUUCAGCCACCAAU